AUGAGACUGCUGAGGCGUCGGAAAACCAUUUUAGUAAUCUUGGUAACAAUAUGGCUUGGGGGAAUGGUAUAUUUUUUGGCUCCUUUGACCGGAACAAAGGACGAUUCACGACGAACUGAGGACUUCGUAAACUUUGGUGACACCGGUGAAUUGGAGUCACUUGAACAAGACAUUAACGAACAAGGGACCAACAUGAAUGAAGACACUUAUAAUAACAAAGUAAGUGUGUAAACAGUGUUUACCCCUUCUUUGUCACUAACAUUGGAAGAAUUUCCCGGUGCAUUAGAAUUAAAUUUCCAGUGUCUGGUACCAGUACAGUAUAUAGCAGUAUAUAGUGACCAGCUUAAGCUAGAUUAAUAGUUGAGUUUGGCAAAAUCAUGCAUGUUUCACGUAACGUUUUAGCUUAGCUUCUUGAACUUGGUAUCUCUGAGGUUAAGCUUUUUUUGUUUGUUUGUUAUUGUAACAAUUUCUGAAACUAAAAAAGGAGAUAUAUAAAAAUACAAGCUUUUAAUCUGUGAAUCUGAACAAUAUCACAGAUUUAACCUUUCGAUUGUAUCCAUGGAUUGUAUCCGUACAUGCAGAUAAGCUUAACCUUUUAGCUUUAAUUAUUAACUAAUUAUUCCUUUGUGUCUUGGUUUUCAGUUUUUCGGUUUUAUUCACAUUGUAUAAUAUAGUAAUGAAGGAAUAAAACAACAAAAAACGAAGAAGAAGAAAAGAAUUGAAUUAAGACAGAGUCCACCAGGAAAUUGUCAGUGGACAAAAACCUUGUACCAGAAUAAUUUAAGAAAAAAGUGCAUUCUUUUUUACAUUUUUCUAGGGCUAAAAAUGUAAUUAGUCAUCUGUAAUAACACCAAAGAAGAUUUUUCACAGCAGUCUGAGAAAAUGAAUAGUGAAAACACAAGUAAAAUUCUAGAAAAUUUCAUGUGUAAGAUGCCAUUUUGUGAAAUUUGACAUUCAUUUUCUCGGGCUUCCAUGAGAAAUUUUCUUUGGUGUUAUUACAGAUGACUAAUUAUAUCUUUAGCUCUUGAAAAAUGCAAAAAGAGUGCAAUACAUGUAUUCUUUAAAUUAUUCUGGUACAAGGUUUUUGUCCACUGAAAACUGAAAUUACUCAAUUUCCUGAUGGAUUCCAUCUUAAUGUCUUUGAUGGAAGUGACGGUGGUCAGAGGAGCUUAGCUUUUGAGCUAACCAUCACUAUAUUAGGGAGCUUAAGCAAUGACAACGGUGACAGCAUAGAGAAUGCCAAAAAAGCAGUAGGGUGAUAUUAGCAAAACAACAAUUUUGCAUGUGCAUCACGCUUUUUUGUACAUUUCUUAGCUGUCAUUGUACAACGGGAGCACAAGACAAUGAUUUUCUUUUUCUUUUCUUGAACUUUGAUACAAUCCUUUAGAAUUCAGUUCGAAAAAAAAUUGCCAACAUUUGACGAAAUAAAUGAGGUGGAAUAAUAAUUAGUGAGAUAAAGUUUGAGGCAGUGCCAAUUCACUUUUUAAGUGACGUUUUUGUAGCUGUCCCCAUCGUUGUUGCUUAAGUUCUCUAUUAUGAAUGGAAAUACUUAAUGAAUAUGCUAGGUGCCACGACAGCUAUGAAAGAGCUAGGUCUUGUCAUCUUUAGAUAAACUGGAUAAAUAGACACACGCAUUGUAUGUUUGUUAUUUUUAUUUUUUGUAUAAAUUUUUCAGCGACAAUCCUCUAAACUUGCUCAGAAUUCAGAUGAAAUGGACCUCAGAAGAAUAGAAGAUUUUGACGUGGAAAGCUACAUUGCUGUUACCAGGGUAAAGAAAGGUGGUGAUGCUUAUGCAAGCAAUGCUUAUAAUCAAGAAGCUAGUGAUAAAGCUGCUUUUAACAGGGAUGUUCCAGACGUUAGAGCUUCUGAGUAAGUUGAAAAUAUUUUGCAGCAUGUCUUAUGGCGUUAAAAAUUCUCAGUCUUCACAGCUCUUAAAACUGAUGUUGGAGUUUCUAUCAUAAAUCAGUUCUUCACAAUUUAGAUGGUGUGUAAGAAGCAUUUUUCUACUGCACAGUUGUUGUUAAGUGUGACGCUAUUAAGCAGGCUGAGAAAAAUAAAAGACACAGCUAUACACGUAAAUCUUUUGUGGAUGCAAAGAGGAAAGCAUACAACUUUAUAAAGCAAAAAUUAGUUAAUGAAGUUAAAAAUAAUUAUGUGCUUCAUGUACAGUGUUACUGUAGGCAAUGUCAUAUUUUUUUAAGAAGACUUUUAAUUUAUUUAUGAUCCUCCUAGGAACAUAAUUUCAUGUAUUUCCUACAUUUUAUUUGUAUUUGAUUUUUAUUUGAUUUUAUUGAUAUUUUUAUUCAUUUUAACAAUAUUGUUAAUUUUAAUGCAUAGCUUAAUUUUAAGAUUUUUAAACAGGUAACAGUGCAUUUAUUAUUAUCAUUAUUUUUAAAAAAAAUUAAUUGUUGUUGUCAAGUGCCAUUUGACAGUAAUGGAAAUGUGCUUUAAAAGUAAAAUGUGUUAUUAUUAUUAUCAUUAUUUUUAGGUCAAUAGGUAUGUCCUAUAUAGAGCCAUCAAUUAUCAGUGUCCUUAUCCAUUAAAAGAAAAAGAUAAUGCUUGGACUGUAGAGUAAGGAGGAAGAUAUCACACAAAUAAAAAAAAACAGAGAGCACUAGCAGUAAUAAUUUUUUCCAUGUUUUCAGUCGUUAUUUUUAUUUUUCACUAGUGGUGUAAUUAAUCGCGAUUAUGACCGUUUGGUUCGAUUCAUGAUUCUUUGCUUCCAUGUUUCGAUUUUGGUUCAAUUUUUGCACACCUUUUCCAGGGUGCCCUUAGUGAGUUAUUAUUUUAUUGUAAAAUCGGAAUCCAGAACGCUUUAAAUUGUGCGUUUAUGAUUGAUGAGCAAAGAUGAUAGCAUUUCGUGCACCAUUUUGUGUUGCCUGGUAAAAAUGCUGUCCUUCAACCACCCCUUGAGAAUUUCCAAAUAAGGCAAACUAUGUGCAACAUGCUCUAAUCAAAAUCUAAUUGAACCGCAAGGAAUAAUGUGAAUCGUUACGCCCCUAUUUUUCACUCAGUUUAGUGGUGGUUCCCACCGCCUAAAUAUUGAUAAAUUUCAUGACACUGCUGUUUUAAGGUCCAUUUUCUGAAUCAGUUAAAGCUUGGUUGUAUACAGCUCUAAUUACUUUAUUUACACAUAGUAAUGUGCAAUAGAGUUAUUUAUUAGAAAUAUUUUUUUUGUAAUUUUGUUCUCAUGAGCAGAUGCCAGCAGCAAACAUGGAAGACAGAUAAUUUGCCAACCACCAGUAUUAUAAUAUGCUUUCACAAUGAAGGGAGGGCGGCAUUACUACGAACAGUCAUAAGGUACUGUCACUUAAGAGAAUAUUGUUUUAGGGCAUGCAUUCUUAAUUUCCUUCCCUUCAUGAUGAAAAUAAUAAUGUGGCUAGGGUAGGACAGUACAGUGGUUUAUGAGUUGUUUAACACAUCAUUAAAAUUUUUAGAUACUACAACAAUACUGUUUUUAAAGCUUACAGUUGCAGUGUUAUGUAAGUUACAGGUUUUGCAGGCAAUUAUUAUUAAAGCCAACCCUUAAUUUUUGCCCUUGUUAUCCUUUUGAAGUCAUUCAUUCGCUGGUAUUAAUUUUGUUCUUGCUUUCAUUUUAGUUCACUAAAUAGAAGUCCCCCAAAUUUGUUGAAAGAAAUUAUCCUGGUGGAUGACUAUAGUGACAAUCGUAAGUAUGAACUUUUUGUAAGUACAGUGUAAUGACAAAGUGCUUGUCCAUGGAACAAAAGAAUGAUUUAAAAUAGUUUAUAAUCAAUCUUUGAUGCUGAAAAUUAUAUUGGUUAAUGAACAGAAUAGCCUAUGAUAUUAAACUUUCAUUUUUACUCUCUUGUGUUGCUCAAGGGAGAGGACUGAAUUAAAUGAAAUGAAAGUAAAAUGAAGUAUUAAUGGCUUUUUUGUUAUAUUUUAAUCUUUUAUUUGUUUUGUAGCUGAUGAUGGCAAGCUAUUAGAAAAACUUCCUAAAGUGAGAGUGCUUAGAAAUGACAAAAGAGAAGGUGAGGAAAGCUUUCUUGUAAAUUGCUGCUAGCUACAUGUACAUGUACAAUGUAGCUAUAGUACAUGUAUCUAUUGUUUCUUCUGGGAUUGUUGAAUAUUCUUCAUGGAAAAAGGCAUUUUUUUUCUGGUGACUUUAUAUUAUUUUACCAAAGGUAAUAUGUAUAAUAGAGCAUCAUUCAUCGGGGAAACCUCACUACACUGUAGAACAGAAUGAUACACUGUACAGUGUAUCUCCAUUAAGUGCACACCACUUCAUGUCCAAGAAAAACAUUUUAUAAUACUGUUUUUAGUGCUGAGAAACAAAAAUUAAUGGCAAACAAUAUUGGUAUGCUGCCUCUCCAGGCAUAAACAAGGAAACAGCAUUAUUCACAUUUAUAUCACAGAACAGAAACACUUAUGGUAUUGAACAUAAACAAGUGUUCAACUCUGUGAUUGCUGUUGUUCAUGUAGGACUGAUGCGGUCUCGUGUUCGAGGAGCAGAUGAAGCCAAAGGAGAUGUGUUGACGUUUUUAGAUAGUCAUUGUGAAUGUAAUAAAAACUGGCUGGAACCACUUCUGCAGAGGAUUAAAGAGGUAUUUAAAAGUGUGUUCAUCCAAUAGUACAUUUAGUAACAGUAUGGGUCUUGGAUCAUAUCAGGAGUCAUUAAUUUUUGCAUUGUGUUAUCAUCCGACAGUUUUCUUUUUAUCCUACACUGAAAUUCAGAAUUAAGCCUAACAAAUUUAUGGUGCAAUAAAUUACAGCUAUAAUGCAUUUUAACAGGGUUUAAACUAGAGGAAGCAGUACCCUAGUUUCCUUUGUAGGCAAUGGUACUUGGUUGUGUGUAAGGAGUAUUCCGCAUGCUCUUGGUAGAAGGUGUGUUGUAAUGUUUAGCUCUUCAUUUACAUGUAUAGCUGUAGCAUUCAGCUUCAGUAUUUUUUUUUUCUGUUUGUGUCUGUUUGGAAGGAAGUGGGGAAUGGGUCGGUGGCUAUCCUCUACAGCUAUGUUACUUUUAGUUUGAUCCACAUUGGGGGUCAUGACUGGGUUACCAGGAUUUGCCAGCCAUGGGAGCUGUCUCCAUCUAGGGGCUGGCUUCUGAUAGCAGAAGUUCUGGGACUUUGUGAGGUGUUUGUUAUUAAUAUAUAAAAUUAAUAUAGUGGGAACCUGGGUUUUUUAGAUUAACCCUGAGGAAUAGGAUAUUGGAUCAAAUAUUAAUCUUCAGAAGGUUUAAAAAAAAUCAAGAGAAAAAUUUUAUUGUUUGACUGGGGCAGGCAAGUAGGUCAGCUUUGUUCAAAUAUUUACUGUUGGGUGGCUCAAUGUAUGUCAUUUUGAUUUAGACAUCUAAUCUUUUUAAUGUCAUUCCUUUAUAGAAGCGUAAUAUGAUUGUCAGUCCUAUCAUUGAUGUCAUUAAUAUGGAUAAUUUUGAAUACAUGGGCUCUUCAUCAGAUUUAAGAGGAGGUGAUUACUCUCUUCCAUUCAAUUUGUUUUACUUUGCUGUGUUAACAGUGACAGUACAGUAUUUGUUUUUUUGCUUUGUUUGUUUGUUUUUUUUUGCAAGUCAGACCAUUAUGAAGCCUGUACAUGUACAUGUACAUGUAUGUGCACUUACUUGUGCAUAAUAUAAAGGGCCUUUGUUUUAAAUUUUUCGGGUAAUGUUUUAGACUUGGAGAAAUGCGCAUGCUCUCGGGCUUACCCUCAAUUCAUCAGCUAAAACGCACUUCUAGUGUGUCCAAAGUUUACGAGUGAAAAUUUCAUUUCACAGGAUUUGGAUGGAAUUUGAAUUUCAAGUGGGAUUACUUGCCAGCAAAUGUCCUCGCAGAACGUGCAGGCCGUCCCAUGGAUCCUAUCAAGUAAUAGUCUUCUUUUUUGUGUUCGUUUUUUCUUCUUGUCCUCUUUAGAAGGCCAUGGUGCAAAGAAAGUCAGGUGAUAUUACAUUAUGUGGCAUCAUGUACUUGCCCAAAAGUCAUUUCAACUCUCCAAACAUUUUCUUGAUGAGCAUUGAAUUCCCACCUAAACAACCUUCACUAAUGUGGCAAGUUAAGAUAAGAGUUCAGUAGUCUGAUGAAGCCACUAGCCUCAGGCUAUCGGACACUAGAUGUACUUUCUUUGCACACUGUAUUAGGCUCUUCCAAUAAUUAUAGUUUGUUAUGAGAUCAUGAAUUGGCAUACUCACAACAGUAAAUUCACAUUGCAUACAAGUGAAAGACAACAAAUAAUUUAAUAAUACUAUAAUACUAUAACAACAAUAUUUAUUAUUGUUGUUUCUCUGCCGUUCUUUACUGAAUUAACUAAAGUGAAAUUUUAUUAAUUUUAGGACCCCUGUUAUUGCUGGAGGACUGUUCUCUAUUGACAAGAAAUGGUUUGAGAGAAUUGGAAAGUAUGAUAUGGAUAUGGACAUAUGGGGUGGAGAAAAUCUAGGUCAGCUGAAAUUCUUUCUUUUUAUUACAGUCAAACCAGGUGAAGCGUUCCCGUCGCUAACGAACUAAUAUAUUCAUUAACGGAAAAAUGAUUUCGUUUAUUGAUUCAAUAAUCCAUUCAUAAAAUGAACAAUCCAAUAUUCACAUUUAGCCUCAAUUCCAUAUUCGAAUGUUGAUUCGAUUACUGGUUUUAGAAAAACUACACUUUUUUUUCUCCUUUUUUUCUUAGAGGCGAGUUCGGGCGAGUUCUGAAUUUCAAACCCAAACAAACUGUUACAUGUACGUCAUUUUGUUUCCAGUAUUCACUGCAACGGACCUGACCUCUUAGGAAACACGAUAGUGAAACUAAGGUCAGUGUAUGUGCGGUGAUUGGUGGAUUUCGAUCCCCGGCCUUUGUCCGUUUCUUUGCGUUUGCGGUCUGUCUCUUCUAGCUGUUGUUUUGAUUAAAGGCAAUUACAAACGCAGUCGUAAACGGCAGGAAAAGGGAAGCAAAUACGAUUGAACUCAACAGAGAAGAAUAAAGAACAGGUAGAUUUUGUUAAUAAACCAAAUCAACAUUUAAUUAUUGAAUCGAGGUCCAAUUUGAUUGUUGGAUUAUUCAUUUUAUGAAUGGAUUAUUGAAUCAACAAACGAAAUCAUUUUUCCAUUAAUGAAUUCAUUAGUUUGCUAGUGACGGGAACGCUUGACCUGGUUUGACUGUAACACUAACUGUUAGCAACUAUGAAGAAAAGUUAAAGAAAUACCUGGCCAACUGCCUGGUCAACUGUGAGUAAUAAAUGAUUGUAGAUUUUGAAACCCAUCUUACCAGCCAAACAGUUUUAAAAGUGGUAAAAAACAAAAUACUCAAGAACCCCUCUAUAACUGUUUAUUAAUAUUGGCCUACUUGUGGUACCUUAAAAAUUAUGGGCACUGAGAUUUAACCUGACUACCAAUUGGCAUUUCCACCUUGACUGUAUUACUACACCCCUCAAAAUUUGCCUUGAAGCAUUGUCUUCAAUAUCUCUGUGUUGGGCUGACUGCGUGUAUACCCAGGGGAACUGGAAACAAUGGUUAUGCAAAAUUUUGUUGGGAGUGGUGGGGGGUGGGUAAACAAGGUUUGUUAUAGCCUUUAAAAACAGCCAUUUCUCCUUGCUCCACGCCGCUUGGGACAGAGAGAUGUCUGUGUCUCAACAACAGAAAUUCCAUACUGAUGAUGUAAAUCAAUGUUUACAUAAUUAAUCCGGUACUCAUGGGGCUUCAAAUGCAAAUUUGUUCGUUAGUUUUAUGUUUCUCGACCUGGUCAAGUUUGGUAAAGUUUGUGUUCAUCUGCUAAUGAGCUCCAGCAAAACUAAAAUGCUUUUUUGUUUCAUUCCAUGAAAAACAGCUGUUUUGUAAGAGAUUUGUCGCAUUUAAUACAUUUGACCUUUGAGGCGUUUUGUCUGUAUCUUGUAAAACAAUAACUGGCUGAAACAAUAUAACUACUACAUCAACCAAUCAAAGCUCCUGACCAGAUUCUGGACAGAUUUUAUGUCAUCAGUAUGGAAUUUCUGUCACUGACACACAGGUGUCUCUCCUGGCGAAACGUUCCAAGCGGCGAGGAGCAAGGACGAUGGCUGUUUUCGCAGGCUAGUUUUGUUUAUGGAUAAUGUGAAAAUGGUUGUCUCAAAAGCCAAAAAAGUGAUGGGAAUAAGAUUUUUCAGGUACAAUCAUGUAGAUUACGGCAAACAUCCUAGCCUCAAAGGGGUGUCUCCUUUUCUAUCAGAGGAAACACUGCUGGUUGGAGGAUCUCGAUAGUCUGGCUCUCCCAUGAUACAGUGCUCAUACAUGUGCACAGGUCCUUUGCAACUUCAACUCCCUAUCAGCUUUUUUUUUUAAUCCUUAAGUUUGCAAACUUGGCUCCUCUCUGUCUUAGUGUAAUUAAUUUUUAUUACAAUAAGUUUAAAGUCAUCACACUAAAAUUUCUUCCAGUUUUAAUAUUUAUAAAUCUCUCCAAAAACAGAAAUCUCCUUUAGGGUAUGGCAGUGUGGAGGUAGCAUGGAAAUCAUUCCUUGUUCAAGAGUUGGCCAUGUGUUUAGAAACAGGCACCCUUACAAGUUCCCUGGAGGCAGUAUGAAUGUCUUCCAAAAGUAAAUAUACAGUACCUGUAUAAUAAUUUUGUGUAACUUUUAAAAGUAUACAAUACUUUGUUGCUUUUAUCCAAAACAACUUUUUUAUUGGUGACAGUCAACCCAGGUGUGCUCCUGUGGAUUCUAUUAAUAAAUGCAUUACAGUAGGACCCUGGUAACUGUAGCAUGGGUAACUGAUGAACACUGAUGAAGUCUCACAAACAUUUGUAGUCAUCAUCAUUUUCACGAUCAUCAUCAUUUUUGUGGUCGUCAUUGUUGUCAUUGUUGUCAUCAUCAUCAUCAUCAUCCAUCAUACUCUUGCCUGAUGAUUCUAAAGGCUUUUUUUUUUUGGAUUCCUGUUUCAGAAACACCAGGAGGGCUGUUGAAGUUUGGAUGGAUGAUUAUAAAAGGUUUUACUAUGCUGCUGUGCCUUAUGCAAAGAAUGCAGAUUAUGGGGAGUAAGUUUGAAAAAUUUGAUUCAGAAUCAAUAUUGUAUUCAAGGUUAUCGGUAAUAAUCAAAGUGAUGCACAAUUUAAGAAAAUUUCUAUGUUCAAGUGUCAUGUAGAAGUACAAUGUAUGUGAAAGGUCUGUAUUAUAUAUCUUAUGCUAGAAUUGAUUCUUGAUGUACAUUUAUGUUACAAAAUAAUAUACUAAUGUCACUUUUAAAAGAAGCUGUUGAAAAAGCUAAAGUAGUUUUCGUAAGAAGUAGGAAACAUAUCUGGAAUAACAAAAUGGGGGGGGGGGAUGGUCCAGGGCAGAACAUUUCUAUGAGGGAACACAGUGUUGGUAUCUUAUGAAACAUCCCAGUAGCCUAAUACAUGUAGAAGCCUGUAGACCACAUUGACCUCCAGAACAAGCCGUAUGUUUGUGUUAUCAGUAAUUACAUGUUGGGUGAUGUUUAAGAGAACUCGGAAUUGACAUUAAAGUUGACAGUACAGUCAUACUGAGGUCAUUUAUUUUUUCUUCCCACAGUAUUUCGAGUCGACUUGAACUUCGCAGAAAGUUGAAGUGUAAGCCAUUUAAGUGGUAUGUCCAGAAUGUCUACCCUGAGCUCAGGUAUGUUGGCAAUGGCUUUAAAACAGUUUUAUCGCUGCAAUAAAAUCAGCUUCACCAAUAGUGAGGGAUUAAGAGUACAGUGUAAACCUGAUCAAUGUACAUUACCAAGCUCAAGGUUGUCACUAAAAAAUUCCAGUCAAUUUUCCGCUAAUGGCCACCUCUUUACAAUGGCCACUUUCUUCUGUCCCCAAGGUGGCUUGCGCAACAAGUUUCCAGCAUUUAUACAAGAACUGUAGGCAGGGAAUCAAACAGUUAGUGAUCUCUUUUGGUUCUAUUUUUCCUCUUUUUUCUAAGAAAGUAGCUGGGGGUCACCUUCAUCAUAGCUAGAGGAAAUCGCCAGCCCCUGACCCUGAAUGACAGCCCUGCAAAUUAUGUUUGGACUUCUUUGCUGUCUGUGUACAUAAAAAUUAUUAUGAAGGAAGCCAUCUCCUUGUGGGUAUUUAACUCUUGUAUGUCACAUAAUAUAUAUUUUGAGGUUGUCUUCUUCGCUGUCACUGACAGUUUUAAUCCUGCAGCUUUGUUACCAUUAUAAAGUAUUGUCAUGUGCCUUAUGUGGUUGAUUUGAGGCCAUGUCUUGUUACUUGUUUGAAAUCAAUUAUUUGCCUUAACCCUUUAAGUCCCAAUAGUGACCAACAUGAAUUUUCUCCUAACAAUAUCCAUACAUUGUCAAGAGAUUAGGUUAUGAGAAUUAAUAAAAUGAUCACCUAAGGGAAAAUGCCUUGAUCUUUUAUCAAAUUCUCUCAACUCAUUCAUGAAGGAAAUGUAUGAAGAUUAGUUUGGAGAAUUUGUAUGUGGAUAUUGGGGCUUAAAGGGUUAACAUGAUGUGAUCAUUUAUGUCUUCGUUUUUAUUAUUAUUAUUUUUAUAUCUCUCAAUGACAUUAGGUCUGAUAUGGUAUCUGUUUGUGAAAAAAUCUUUAACCAACUAUAUAUUUUAAUUUCUUUUGGCUCAGAGUUCCAGAUGAUGAUGACACCACAGCUUUCGGAGAGGUUAAACAAGGAAAGGACUGCAUGGAUACCCUUGGCCAUACAGUGGGUGGGACUGUUGGUUUGUAUGAAUGCCAUGGUGCUGGAGGAAACCAGGUGUGAUGAUAGUUAUUCUGAUUGUUGUACUUUUGUUCAGUUCUCUGCAAUGAUGGCUAUCUUAGAGGCAUUUAGCUUGUUGAAAGUAAUGGUCUGUUUAUUAUUAAGCAUCGCUGCUACUUAUUGUAAUAAACACACCUUCUUUGUAAUAAUAAUGAACAGUGCUCAUGGUCCUCUCAAUGUCUGUUUAAUCCACGUGGAUUGAAUUUAUAUAAUAUCACAUAAAUUAAUUAUUAACUACUGCUAACUUGUAGACAGCACACUACUAAGUCUUAUUACUGUACAAUAAUUUAGUUAUCUAUUAUUGUUAUUAUUAUUAUUAUUAUUAUUAUUAUCAUUAUUAAUAUUAUUGUUUUGUUUUUUUUUAAUUUUGGGCAGCUGUGGAGUUUUGUCAAGAAUAAGAUGUUAAAACAUGACUCAAACUGUCUGGAUACUGCUAAUGAAGAAGAUGGAACUCCUGCCCUGUUACUGAACUGUGAUGAAAGUAACACCAACCAGGUAAAAACAAGAAUUCCACUUGUAGGAGUUAAAAUUCUUUAUUAUUUGGAAAAUGUUCCUAAUGUCCUAAUGAAAACAUGGAACUCCUGCCCUGUUACUGAACUGUGAUGAAAGUAACACCAACAGAAAUUCCAUACUGAUGACAAAAAUCAAGAAUUCCACAGGGCGCUGAUUGGUCGAGGAGUUAAAUUGUUUUAGCUUUUGUUAUUUGACAGACAAAAGUUCCAGGGGCGGAUCCAGGAUUUUUAUUAUGUUUGCUCCCAACACCAAAAAACAUAUUUAAUUUUUUACAGAAUACCAGUUGUAAAUAACAGCAGUUCUUGGAUGUUUUAGAUCCGCCCCUGAAAAGGCCAUCAAAUAAACGCCAGUCUCAACAAAACAUUCAAUAUUUGUAUAGUCUUCUCUAGAAGAAGCAUUUGAGUUUUGCAAUUUGACAUUUUACCAAAAUCGACCAGAAGACACCCAAAAUUAAAAAUUUAUAUUUGGAACUCCAUGCCUACCGGAUUUAUUAUUAAACAUUGAUUUGCGUCUAAUCAGUAUGGAAUUUCUUUGCACCUCCUCCAAAAACGCUCAGGUUUUGAAUGAGAAACGGAUGUUUUUGCAGGCUACUAAUGUCCCAAGUAAAAAUAACAAUUUAAUUCCACUACAAUGUAAAUAACAGCAGUUCUCGGAUGUAUUUAACGAUUACAGUCUCAACUCAGUAUACUAUUUAUAUGCCAUGACAUUUUGUUAAAACAACGUCUGUUUUGAAGACCGUGCACUUCUAAGCUCAGGUUUUGAAUGAGAGCCUUGGGGCAAGUCAGAAAUGGUGUAUUGACCUUCAGUACUUUUUUUUUUGCAUUUUUAUAAAUGUAAUAAUAAUAUUAUUUUAAAUCUCUUUUUUCUUCAGCAUUGGGAAUAUGACAAAAGUUCUAACAGAAUAAGACAUGUUGGUUCUGGAAAAUGCCUGGAUAGCAAGGACUACAAGGAAAAAGGACUUGUUUUAAAUUCUUGCAUUGACUCAUUUACUCAAACAUGGGCGUUUGAGGUGAAUUUAUAGUAAAAUAGCAUCGUAAUGUACAGUUUAGCUAGGAUAACAGUUUUACAAUUUGCAUGUACUAUAUUAAUGAAAAAUAAACUGUGUUUUUAAUAUUUACUAAUUAUUAGCCUGCCUGCUGUGCAUGGCUAGGUUUGGGCAUGUUUAGCCCUUGUCACAUUCUCACGCUUCAAACUCUGAAUUCUCAAACUUGUUAACACUUCAUGAAGACAAAUACAUAUCACCACUAUUCAGAUGGUUUCGAUAACAAAGACCAUGUGUAAAAAAAAAUCUUAAAUUUCUUUUCUAAAUUUCUUUCUAAAGGUAAUUAAAAAUGAUUAUUUUCAAAGCAAUGUCAAACAAUAAAUUUAAAGACCAUACUAAAUAAAUAUACUUGCCUGAGAUCAAGCUCUAUUUCUGUUUCAUUUGGUUAAUAAUAUUUUCGCAGGCAAGGCAAAACCAAAAGAGAGCCCCAAUUUUAGUGCAGAGAAUGUAUGCAGAAAGCUGUGAAAAUUGGGCCUGAUCUCAGGUUUACAUGAUGUCUAGUUCUUCAUGUGUCCUCCAGUUUCCAUGUUUUCUGAGAAACUUGUUAAUAAUUAUUGAUGUUUUAUGUACAAGUAAUGUUGAUUUGUAAGGCAGACAUACAGGUGUAUUGUGAGAAUCAAAUUUUUAUAGUUGUAGUACUCAAUGAGCACAGUGAUAAUAAUAAUGAUGUUCAAUGCAGGCUCUUGGACACAAGUGCUAUUUUCAAAUUAAACUAUAAAAACACAAAUUGUGUAGGUAGAUAUUUUUAUAGCACAGAAAAAGCUGAUUUUGUACACAGAGCAUAUCAC